GCGAUUGCUUUCCGGCUGAUCGGAUUCACCUGUCGUGAAUCGAUACUGCGCAUGCGCAUGAUUCGCUUCGUUUUGCCCGCGCCGUGAAUUGACGUAGCGCCAGCGCAUAGUGUCGUUUCAUUUCGCGCGCCGUAAGUCGAUGUUGCGCAUGCGCGUCAUGCCGUGAAUUGACGGUGCGCUUGCGCGUAUCGCCAUUAUUUCUUGUGUAUUCAUCGGUCUCGUCGCAUACGACAGUGGAUUUGUUUCACUAUUAACAAGAUAUGACGGGGACCACGCGAACGACGAGUGAGAAUGAAUUACGCUCUUUUUUCGUCCUUUUCUGGGAAAACGAUUGCCUGCUGCCAAUGGUACUUCUUAUCGAUGCAGCUUACUUCGGAAUUGAUCGCAUUGAAUCGACGUUUACUUACUGAAUCCUCUGAUGGACUCACGUGUGUAGCAUUUAAAACAUGGAGGGGACGCCGCUCUUUUCAUCGGCGUUAUAGAUAACAAAUUCCCCCAUCCGCGUGUCAACAUGGCUGCUGUCUAAUCUCCACCAAAAAAAAAAAAAGAAAAAAAAGAAGUAAGAAGAACGAUUGAGAGGAAAGACAGAAAAACCAAAGCGUCUCUGGACGAUAACAAGUCAGGAAAAAAGUAAAAUCACGUGAAACGUUCGUUGGCGGGUUAACAAUCGCGCAUGCGCAGAUGUGUAGUGCAUCUCCGGUGACCUUGAAAUGGAGGAGCAGCCGCAGAAUACCGAAGGACCAUCGAUAAACUCUUCUUCCCCCUCCGCGUACGAUGCCGAUCUAAGCAUGGGGGCGGGCGCAGCUGGAGGAUCGGUUCUCAGUUUGCCAGGAUCGGGGGUAGGUGGCGUGCUUUCGCAGCACUGUGCGAUCUGCGGUGAUCGCGCAACUGGUAAGCACUAUGGCGCUGCUUCUUGCGACGGAUGCAAGGGUUUUUUCCGGCGAUCAGUCAGAAAGAACCAUCUUUACACCUGCAGAUUUAGUAGAAAUUGUGUAGUAGAUAAGGACAAGAGGAAUCAAUGUAGGUACUGCAGAUUAAGGAAAUGUUUCAAAGCUGGCAUGAAAAAGGAAGCCGUACAAAAUGAAAGAGAUCGGAUAAGUUGUAGAAGGCCAAGCUAUGAAGAACAAAGUAACAACGGAAGUGGGCUUUCUGUUGUUUCUCUUCUUCAGGCGGAAAUGCUUAGUAGACAAGUCGGUGCUGCUCUCGAGCUAGGCAGUCCGAACAGCGAUAUAGACCUGAGCACAAAACAAAUCGCCAACAUAAACGACGUUUGCGAUAGUAUGAAGCAGCAACUUCUUAUCCUGGUCGAAUGGGCCAAGUACAUACCCGCUUUCAGCGAAUUAACCCUUGACGAUCAAGUAGCACUCUUAAGGGCACACGCGGGUGAACAUCUUCUCCUAGGUGUUGCCAGACGCAGCAUGCAAUUGCAAGAUGUCCUUCUUCUCGGAAACAAUUGUAUCAUAACCAAGAAUUGUCCUGUCAUAUCAUUAUCCGCAGAGGGCCGUAAUCAGGACCUGGACAUCAGCAAGGUUGGUAUCAGGGUAAUGGAUGAAUUGGUGAAGCCUUUGAACGAGGUGCAGAUCGACGAUACGGAGUUUGCUUGCUUAAAGGCCAUCGUCUUUUUCGAUCCCAAUGCAAAAGGCCUAAGUGAACCACAGCGAAUCAAGCAACUGCGUUAUCAAAUUCAGAUUAACUUGGAGGAUUACAUAAGUGACCGACAAUACGAUAGUCGUGGUCGUUUUGGUGAGAUCCUCCUAACUUUACCAGCUUUACAGUCCAUUUCUUGGCAAAUGAUCGAACAAAUCCAGUUUGUCAGACUGUUUGGAGUCGCACACAUUGACAACUUGCUGCAAGAGAUGCUCUUAGGUGGUGCAACAGCAGAGAUCAACGGUGUUGCAACUCCAAUACCAAUUUCAAACGCUCCUGGUAGUUAUGUGAGCAGCAACGAGAGUCCUAGCAGUCCUUUGACCCCAACAAAUAUGGCUCCAUUAAGCCCUCAGGAUCAUAUGCUGAGUAGUGGAAGUCCUGUAAUGAUCCUGAGGGAUCUUACACCUAUUUCGAAUCAAGAAGACGUGACUAGUGUAACAGGAUUCAGGAUGUUUAAACAGGAGCCCAGUCUUGAAACUGAAUCAACCUUUUAAUGAUAUUAAAAGACGUUAGAGUUGAAAGAUUCUGGCGCAUUGAUUAACAAAACGCAUAAUUACUGACACGUCAACUCUAUAAACGUGAAAUAUCUAUACAGAAACUUAAAAUAUUGUGGAAGAAUGCAGAAGGAUUUUUAAGAUCAAAUUUAAAUGAUUAAACUUUAUUAGGAAGAGUUAAUGUAUUAAUUUUCUCAGAUUUUUGGAACAAGGGUGCAUUCUAUCAGAGUUUGUAGUCUACUUAAACGUUUGAAAUUUUUCACAUAAAACAUAUUGCAAUAUAAUGCCAGAAGAUGUUUCUUAAAACGAAUUCUUUGACCGAAAAGAAAAUAAUUGGAGAGUUAUCAAAAAACAAGAAAGAAUUUAGUUUGUGUGUCAUAAAACUAGGAGCUUUCCUUGGAUGAUUGAUUUUCAAAUGUUUAAAUGGGAGACAAAUAUUGAGAAUACAUUAAAAGAAAUUCUCAAAUUUUAAGAUGGAUGGAAAAGGAAAGAUUCCACAUAGUUUAUAAAACAUAAAAUUUUUUAAAAUGACAUUAUUUGUUUUAUUACUUCUCAACUUUUUGUGAUUUGAGUGAAUCAAAAGAACUUGUUGAAGAUAUUUAAAAAUGAUACAUAAGAUGGAGGACUGCUUUCAAACAUUUUUAAAGAUCUUGAAACAUACGAUAAGAUUUUCGAAAAGGUAUCGGAAUUCUUAAGAGAUCCCAAAAGCAAGAAUGGAUUUUUAAAAAUCAAGGUUUUAUCAAACUUGCAACGAGAAACUCAGAUUUUUUAACGAUCUCUAGUGAUCUUUUUGAACAAUUUUUAAAUGCUAGUGAUAAUUCUUAUUUGAUUUACAAAUAAACAGAACAUUUUUUUAUUCACACGCUAUGUUUACAAAUACAUUUGUUAUUUUUUAAAAUGGUGCAACUUAAGUGAUCAUUUUUAAAAAAGUUUUAUCGAACUUCUCGCAUUCAUAUUCAUCAGUUUUGUUUGUAGUUUAAGAACACUUUUUAGAACUAGAUUAAGGAAUAUCAGAAGUGUUACCAAAUUUCUGAUUAUUGAGUAAAAGUCACGCUCAAUCAAUUGCUCAAUUACUCAUUUUAAUCACCGUAAUCAUAAGGUUCAAUCAAAAUCGGUCGAUAAUUUAGUAAUAAAAUACUUUUGUUACUUGGAACUUAAACUAAAUAUAUAAUGACAUUAAUUUACUUCUUAUUGCAUAAUAUUUAAUAAUCGCAUUUCAUAAAUGUCAUCGGAAGUAAACAAAUCUUUCGCUUAAGGCAAAAAGGAAGAAAAGAAAGACAUGAAGAAAGAAUUUUCUCUAUUAUAGAGGAACAAUCUUUCUUUAAAUGUAUUAUUUUAUCAUGAGCUGUGUUUCAUUAGCGUUUUCUGUUUUUACUUUCAUCAGAAGAUCUUUUGUUUAACUGGAUCUUGUUCACAUAAAUGCAAUCAUAAAUUUUAAGUGUUAUAUUCAUAGAAUAUAAGCAUAUAGUUAUUUAUACAAAGGGUUUAUUAAUUAUAUUAUUUAUAAUAUAUUCCUACCAGAGAAUAUUUUUGUUACCACAAUAAAACAUCUUGUUAUUCUUGUUAUAUAGAAUAUGACGAUGAUUAUUUUUAUAAAUGCUUUUGUAAAUUAAACGUACGUUACAUUCUUUUAAAAAGAAUAUUGGACAAUAUCGACUAUCUCUUUCUUACACAUCGAUAAAUAUCCAUAUAAGUGAAUGCAACAAGAUUUUAAAUAUUGUACAUAGUAUUUUAUAAGGAUAAGUUAUGUUUGUAUACUAAUUUUUAUCUAAUCAAGUCAUCUUAAUGUCACCUACAAAAGCAGGGUACAAACAUGUAAUUAUCAUUUCAAAAUCCAAUACUUUCUAGGAAAUGUGCCAAUAUAAAAUAUGUGACUUUCAUAAUAAAUUCAUUUUAAUUACA